CAUUGUCAAUGCCUUAUUUUACUUAUUAUCUAAACUUUUAUAUUGUAAGUCUAAACUACCCAUUACUUAAAUUGAUUAUAUUCUAAGUGUAAACUACGUGCAACAUAAACUUAACUCUACGGAUAUGAACAUAAAGAAGAAGAGGAGAAGAAGUGAAACACAGGAUCAUGAUAGGGUAAAAUUCAUUUGUUCUAGAAGACUUGAAGAAUAAGACCGAAUUAUAAACUCUAAAUGUCGUUUCACCUUUUUUCAGAAACACAAUUAAGUUUAUAUUUUGGCAUAACAUACACAUUAUAAAACGACAUUUUUGAUUACAAUUGGCAAGCAUCGAGAAAUUAAAAUGUCGUUUCACCUUUUUUCAGAUGCGAUUAAAAAGUGAUCGAGAAAUUAUGGAGAAUUCAAUGCUUGAGGAGGAUCCAAAUGGCAAUUCUGCGCUUGAACAGUCAUUCACCACAGAAGAUAAGUCCCCACGUUGGGGGCCGCAACACAAGGGUGCUCAAGAGCUUGCAAAUUUGUAUGGGCCAGGUAAACGCUUUCAGGAGAUAAUUUGCGUUUAUACAUGUAUUGCGCUUAUGAUAAUAGACCUCUUAUUGAUCCUGAAGCAUAUACAUUUUGAAAGACUGAGUGUGGCAUGUGUAUCGGCAUUGUGUGGUAUUAUAACUGCCGAUUUUGGAUCUGGUCUAGUACAUUGGGCUGCAGACACUUGGGGUAGCAUUGACUUACCAGUCAUUGGAAAGAACUUUUUGCGGCCUUUUCGUGAACAUCAUCUGGAUCCAACAUCUAUAACACGACAUGAUUUCAUCGAAACCAAUGGCGAUAACUUCAUGGUUAGCAUACCCAUAUUGGGAUUUUUAGCAUACAGCUUUAAUACUAAAUCACAUCAAGACAUUCAACAAGAUUUUGGCUGGAUUUCAUAUUUAUUUUUGUGUUCAAUAUUCGUGGCCAUGACAAAUCAGAUUCACAAGUGGUCGCAUACCUAUUGGGGUUUGCCGAGGUGGGUCCUUUUCUUGCAAAACUACCACAUAGUAUUGCCGCGAAAGCAUCACCGCAUUCAUCAUGUUGCGCCGCAUGAGACAUACUUUUGCAUUACCACUGGCUGGUUGAAUUGGCCACUGGAGAAAAUAAGAUUCUGGCCCACAUUAGAAGCUGUAAUUGAGUACUCAACAGGCUGCAAGGCACGCGAUGAUGACCUAAAGUGGGCCAAAAAGAUGACAUAACUGUGUUGGCGGAUAGUGCAAAAUCCUAAAUUAUAUCCUAUGGACAUGUAUGUACGUGUAAAUGUAUGCACAUUUACCAGCAUUGGUAUUGUGAGAGUUUUUCAAUCACACACACGAAAAUUUAUUGAAAUCUUAUGAGCAUUUUUAUUAAAACGCUGAAUGUACAAAUGCUGAAUACAGGCAUACUGACUACAAGACACUAGUUUGCCUGUAUUAAUUAGAAUUUUUUAAGAUUAUCUACCGCGUAAUCGACACUCACCUAGCCAUACAUACUACACUAUACAUACAUGCAUACAUGUACAUAUGUAUGUAGUUAAUGGAGAAAACAAACAAAUUGCAAUAACAUCAAAUAUCACAAGCAAUUAAUUUAAGUGAACACUAUAAGUGAAUUAGGAGGCUUUUUUUUACAAAUAUACACCACAUAGCGCAUAAUUAAUUAGACGAAGAGAUCAUUUUUACAUAUAUGUACAUAUAUUAUUAAGCUGCUUAAGAACUAAUGAUCAAUUGUUAAAAAAUAUCGGUGCAAAUAAAUAGUCAAAUCAAAUGCCGACUUUAAGGACUGUCCGAAAAAUCUAAACACAUAGUGCAUUUGUUGUUUUUAUUUGUUUAUCUUUUUGAAUCAAUCCGAUUUUUAUAUGAAUUAAGUGUUUAGUUAUUUUAAAUAUAUAUGUAUUUGUUUUAUUAAAUGGUUAGUUCUGUAACGAUAUGGAAUGUCAAAGGAAAUCGGUCAAGUUUUUAUGUAAAAUUUUGAAAAAUUUUUUAGAAUUGCAUUGAAAGUGUCAUUAUUUUGACCAAAUUUUGUUUCCAGAUCUUUUUAGGUUAUAGUCUAAGAGCCCAACAAACUAAACCGAGUAGAAGUAGAGUAGGGGUCCCAAAGACCAUACAUAUAUUUGGUGUCUUCAUGCAUGAGGGAACACGAAAUGGGCCUGCUGCCUCGCCUAAGGCCAGUCAGAGCCCAAAAAAAAAAUUUUUUUUGGGGGAUUCGAGUAUGUCAGGAGUCCCAUAUUCUGAUUGUUCCUUGAGACAGGACAGGGAUUGGGCAAUACGAUUAGGUAGUGCUGCAAGCCCCCCUAAUUAUCCGUAUCAGUUGCUGCAGCGAGAUAAGCGACGCCUCGCCUGUAGGAUCCGAGUAGCAUCGAGGUCCUCAAAAAACCAAUGCUCAUCUGAAAGAGCAUCAAAUUCUGUGCAAGAACAAUCACCGCUGCAUUUUCCAAACAGUGGUGGACAUGGCUGCUGCAGCGUUUGAAAGUCGCCCUUCUUGUCCAGUCAUUAUACACUUUUGACCUCGCAAAAAUUAAUUCUCGAAUUUUUUCUGGAUCUUAUGCCCUCGGGGGGAUCAGUCUCCGUGUAAAUGGCAAGUGGCGACCAAAUCCAGCGAUUGCGCAUGUCCGAAUUUUGUUUUUUUUUCGAAAAAAUGGUUUUCAUUGAAUAACGUGGCCAUUUUUA